AUGUUAGUAAACGAUUAUGCACUGCUUGACGACGACACCUUGUCCAAGUACAAGAGUGUUGUAAAGUCAAGGGUAUUCAAAUACUACAUACUUGUGCGUUACAUCAUUUACGAAGUCUUAUGGCUGGCACUUGUACUACCAAGAGCAAUUAGAUCCGCAUGGUACUACUACUUUCAGCAUCGAUUCUCCAAUACAAAACUACACAAAGACAUUAGAUAUUCAACAAAGCGAACCAGGAAUACUUUUGACAUCUAUGAGCCCAUCAGGAGGGCCGACGGUAACCCAUGCAUUAUCUUUAUUCAUGGAGGAUCGUGGCAGUUUGGAGACAAGAUUCAAUACGUGUUGCUUGGCAAGAAGCUUUCGAGCCAUGGCGUUAUUACUGUCAUUGCAAACUACACACUCUAUCCAAAGGGCAAAUUGAAUGAGCAGCUCGAGGACGUCGAAUCACUCACAAACUACGUCCAUGAUCACAUUGGCAGCUACGGUGGACGCCAAGACGACAUCCAUCUAAUGGGCCAUAGUGCAGGUUCACAUAUAAUUGCCCAGUACGUUCUCACAAAGAAGGACAGUGACAAGGCCCACAUCCGUUCACUCAUUGGAAUGGGUGGAGUGUACGACAUCAACAUGCACUUUGUUCACGAAGCCACCAGAGGCCUUGAGCACCUCAGUGCAAUGCGUCCCAAUUGUUACGGUCCCGCUGGCUUCAAACAAAGUUCACCAACACAUGUAAUCUCAAAUAGGAGGCAAGAACAACCUCUUCCCCAUAUUUAUCUGAUGCACGGCGUUGCAGACUUGACGGUUCCAUCAACGUCCAGCAAUAUAUUCUACAAGAUGUUGACCAUGAACAAUGUGGAUAAGCAACGACUGGCAUUGUUGCUAUACGAGAGUACUGGUCACAUCGAUUUGGUCUACAAGAUAAUGGACGAUGAUGUGUGUUAUGACCACAAGUUGACCGGACUGGAAACUGGACCAUGCACGAGGUAUCCCUCAUCGAUCCUACACGAUGUCCUACAGUUGAUCAGGAGAGGAGAUCAACAACAGUCU